AUGACAGCGAUGCCGGCAGGGCUGUCGCCUGAGCAGCUCGUGGGUUACAAAGUCGAGCUGUUUUACGAAGACGCCGGUGAUUGGCAACCGGGACUCAUCACGGGGUACUAUCGGAAAGACGGCCAGUACCGCGUGGACUUCGCCAGCGGAGAGAAGGACGUGGAAACUGGUUGCUUCUGCGAGGAUGCCUUCCUGACGGAGGACAACAAGCGGCUGAGGUUUAGGUGUGGCGGCGUGGUGCCCAGCUCCUGGGAGAUGGUGCAGUACGCCUUCGGGCAGGGACCCAGGCAGAGGGACAGGAGGGGGCGGGGCCGGUCCGCCGAUCUUCCCCUGCUGGGGAAGGCUGUGAAGGCCGACUGGGGAGAUGAAGGCGUGUUUUUGGGCCGGAUCGAGGACUACAAAGAUCGAAAGUGGCAAAUACAUUACUCAGACAAUGAUGUUGAGUGGGGUGAAUUUGCCAAAGGGUACAGUGAGUUCAGCGUCGGAAAUGCUGUUCGAAAGCUGACGUGGUUCGAUGCCGACCCUAUGCUCCUUGCUGCUAAUGGUGGAAUUUCACCAUAUGGAAUGCUGGGCACUUUGGUGCCCCCUGUUCCUAUCCGCGCCGCAGAUUAUGGGCUGUGGAGUCACAAUGGCAAGUCUGCGCCAUUCAACAUUGUGGGGCCUGUGAGCUGCAAUGGAGGCAGGCCAGCAGUGUGCGACACUGGGACUGGUGGGCAGGCAGCAGGCCCAGAGCGCUCAGUGUUGCACAGCAACAAGGGGACAGCCGCCCUGGUUGGGCACUUACCCACGGGAUCUGAUGACCCAACACACUCCAGGACGGCCCAGCAGGUGUCAAAUGGGGAUGGCACUUUAGGCUCGGACAAGGUGAAAGGGGUGACAGAAGCUGUACCCAAUGUACAGAAGAGGAGGGUUGGCAGGCCAAGGAGUCGAGGGCAGCUUGAGAAGAGGCCUGGAUCAUCGCUGGAGGGCCAUGACUUGGACCCAGGGGAACGAAAACAAACUCCAGUGCAGCGAUUAUCAAAGAAGCGACGUCGAGGGCGGCCCAAGAAUGGCACUGUGAAAGGAGCAGUGCCAGCUGCCGAGGGACGUGCUGGUGCGAGGCUCACUAGGAGCAGGAGCAAGGAAUUGGGCAAGGAGCUGAUGCAGCUGGAAAAGGCAUCCAGAAGCCCUUGCCAACAGGCAGUCAAUGACCAGAAGGUGUUGGGCAAAAACCGAGUUGUGAAGCUUUUGGCACAUGCUGCGAGUGCUGCAGAGGACAUCGAUUCGUGCGGAAAGGUCAAACAGGGACAAACUGUCCAUGAUGAGGACAAGUCAGAUUUGAGUGCAGAUGACAGGCCAAAAAAGGUGAGGAGAUGUGAGUCUCUGGUGGCUGCUGGAAGGCCUUGCAAGCGGGGUCCUCCUGGGGCCAGUGGCAUCAAGGCAUGGGCUGAUGGCGGAACAGUUGCAUCGCCAAGAACAUCCGCACCUGGGGAUUUUGAUACCCAAGCAUCUGGACACCUCCUGGAAAUAGAGAAUGGUGAAAUGUGGCCCUGUGCAGGUCUUGAGCUUGGCAGGCUGUCGAUCGACAAGGAUGCUGGAAAGCUUACCAUGACAGGGACUGACAGUGGACAUCAAACGCCUGAUCAAAUAGGAAUUGGUCUUCCUGGAGAUGUCCACAGGUGUGCAUCCAGUCCUUUGGUCUCCAGAAUGACACCUGCUAAUUGUCAAUCUGGUGCUGAGCUGCAGGACCAGAAUGAAUGCAGUAGACGGCAGACACCCAUCCAUGUGGACCCAUGUCCCCCGACGAAGGGCCCAUUGGCUCUUCAGGCAGAAGGCAGCACAAGGCAGUACGGUUUGGCUGUGGAUGGCCUUGCAAUGUCAAGGACCCCGAAGAAGGUCGACGCUGUGCAGCCCAAGGCUUCAGUGACCCAUAUCAUCACACCUAGAUUCUCUGCAGUUGGUGGCGUGCACCGAGAGGAUUUGGACGUGGACAGUCAGACGGCUAAGCCCCCGCAGGCUGGCUCUGACAUGAUCACACACCUAGCACGAAUCCCCUCUGAGCUCCAUGAGGACAGCGAGGCUUCUGAGAAGGCUAAGGUGGAGAAGGAAUUCGAUGCAAAGCUGAAGAAGCUUUCCCGGACAAAGGACAGCAUCGGGAGGACGACGAGCUUCGCACUGGCCAAGGCAGCCCAUGCGCCGACGAUCAUGAGGAUGCUGGUGGGCAGCCUGGCUGGUGAGUCAGAUGCUGACAAGAGGAUUGACCUGUUCUACCUGAUCGACUCUGUGCUUCAGUGCUCCCAGAAUGAAGGGAGGACGAAUGGCGGCAGGAACUCUAUUUCAGGGCAGCAGUACCCAAAGCUUGUGUCCGCUGCGCUCAACAAGAUCAUCAGCUCGAUGGGCCACGACAUCGAAUGUUUUCGGAAGCUAGAAAAGGUCCUGAACAUCUGGGACUCCCGUGAGAUCCUGCCAGUCAAGGUGAUGCAGCCGGCGAUGGAGGAGUUGAGGGAUGUGAGGGGCCGUUUUGGGGAGGUCUUAAACGUGCUGAAGAUCCAGGGCAAGGAAAUGUGUGUGGCGCACAUUCCCACAGACCUGUUGGGUGCCAAGACUCGAAGGGUGGUGCUGUUCAAUCAGUAUGGAUCGAUAGGCAAAGGUGACCCUGCUUUGGGUAUGCAUUACAGGCUGCGACACCCCGCUUCUCCCAGCGACUGGGACAUUGGAUACCUUGCUGACGACGACGGUUGGGAGAUUGCCCCAGGGAUGUGGACUCCAAGGCAGUUGGAAAGCCAUUAUCCAGACAGGCAUGGAGGCACCGAGACGCACACCAUACCUGGGAUCGAGUCUCUUUGGCCAGGGUCACACAUGGUUCCAUCAUCUGGCCUUCAUCCUGGAUAUGUGAGCUCAUCAAGGCAGCAGAUGGUGGGAGUUGGGGAUGCCCAGGGAGGUGGCAAUCAUGGGCAGGUCUUGGCCCCUGGAAGGUCGGCCCCACAAGUCGCAACUCCAGACCCCUUCGAUUUGGAAGGCACCAUGAGAGUCGUCAUACCUGACAACAGCAAUGCACUAAUGGAGCAGACGAAUCAUGUGCCGCGCGUGGGGUCUGAAGAGUGGUUUGCGCUGGGUGCCAUGAAGGCGGAUGCUGGCAGCUGGGACUACUACCUGACUGCCAAGGAGGCAGUGCCUAGCCCUGCUCACCUGCAUGAGUCUGAAGCGGUGGACCCGCUUGGCAGUCAACAGGGCGAGGCUGGUGUUUGGCAGGCUGGGCCAACAGACAUUGGAAGCGGGGACGUGGAGCUGGGAGACGUGGGGCUUCUGGAUUCCACCCUGCCCAACAGCAAUAAGACUGCUGAUGCAGGCCACUGCACUGCCGGCGGAUCACAGCCCGAUGGCAUGCCAGUGGCUGGUCAGCACACUGAGCCAGCUCUGCCUUCUGUUUACCCAUUGGGCGGGGUGUCCUGCCCACCGCCCUUGCCCAGCGAAUCCCCCCCGCCCCCCCCCCUGCCGCCUCCUCUGCCGGAUGACUCCCCUCCUCCACUGCCCGAGGGGGACCCGCCUCCACUCCCUCCUGACUCGCCGUCAGCCGUGGACAACCCCCCCCUGCCUCUAGAAGCUUCUCCCCCGCCGCCGCCCCUCCCGCCACCAGGGGAUGAUCCAGCACAGCCGCCCCUGCCACCGCAGGGAUCCUACCAAGAGCCAACAGCGAACCAGGCAGCUCCCUUUGCUGCAGAGUGGCUGGCUGACGGCUCUGGCUACGGUUACCAAUACCCCCCUCCUGGGUAUUGUUACCCAGGUCAGGGCCAGCCUCCGCCACACCAGCACAUGCCGCCACCAAUGUGGUGA